AUGGAUCAGAAUUAUGAUAAUGACAAUAUAAUAAUAUUUGUUAAGUCUACCAGCACGUUGAUCUUAUUCCUCAUCAUUUUGUUUACAGCCAAUCUUCCUUUUAAAUCAAGGACUUUUAGAGAGAACAAACCAUUGGUGUCCAUUUCUUAAGCCUUUUCAGGGGGAUUGUUCUUAUCAGUAGCUCUUUUGCAUUUAUUGCCUGAAUCACAAGAUAAAUAUGAAACAUCCCAAAACAGUGGGGAAAUGCCAAAAAAAGAAUUAUUUCCAUUUCCAUUUUUAAUUACUAUUCUUAGCUUUGCUUUGAUUUUGUUUAUUGAAAAAAUAGUGACAAAUCAUAAGCAUUAGCAUUAAGAUCAUGCUGAUGUACAACCUACAUAAAAUGUUGAAUUACUUAGGUCAGAUGAGAGUGUUUGUUGCAGUUAGGUUGGAGCAUGUUGUAAUUAAGUUGAAAGUUAGGCAUAAGAAGAUGUAUUAAGAAAUGCCAUCUCUUCAUAAGUAAAGAUGGCAUAAAGAGUAGGAUUUAAUGAAAUAAAAAAUAAAACUAAAAUUAAAAAACCUAAUAAAUCUUCAAACAUAACUCCUUAUUUAUUGCAAUUAGCUGUAGGAAUUCAUGCUAUCUUUGAAGGACUAGCAAUAGGAAUAGAAUCAAAUCUUAGUAGAUGUAUAGGUAUUGCAUUGGCAGUUUUUUGUCAUAAAUGGGCCGAGGGUCUCACCUUAGGAUUGGCAUUUAAAAAAGCCAAAAUUACUCAUUCUAAGGCUAAGAAACUUAUAUUUCUACAAGCUUUGAUGAAUCCUUUAGGUAUUUCAAUAGGUUGGAUAUUAUCAUCAAAUAAACUUAUUAUAGUGAGUAUCUUUUAUGCAAUAUCAGCUGGAACAUUUUUAUAUAUUUCUACUAUUGAAGUAAUUGUAGAAGAGUUCAAUGUUGCUAGAUACAAACUAUUUAAAUUUUUAGCAUUUUUAAUCGCCAUUGGAUUUAUAAGUUCAAUUUGGUUGUUGGAAUAGAUUGAUUUUUGA